AUGACCACAGAAGAAGAUAUUCGUGAUCACUUAAAUAAUUUCAUGGAUAUCGUCGACAAGCUAGCCGACAUGGACAUAAAAAUACCGUCGGAAUUGCUCAGCAUAAUGCUACUCUACAAUUUGCCAACUACAUUUGAAAACUUUCGCAUCGCGAUUGAAUCAAGAGACGCCCUGCCCGAUCCUGACGACCUGAAGGUAAAAAUUCUAGAAGAAUAUCAGGUCAGGAGUUGUAGUGAACAACCAGAGAGCUCCGAAGCGUACCAUUUCAAGAAAAAGAACUCGAAACCGUACUGCAAGAGCUGCAAAAAGAAAGGUCACGCUACUGAGGCAUGUUGGAGCAAAAAGAAGACUUCAAAUGAGAAAACGAACAGAAACCAGACUAGCAACUUCAACGUCUGUCUGAGUACCGUGAAUUCAAGCAUUAAAGAAGAUAUUUGGUGUUUAGACAGCGGCUGUUCUUCUUACGGCGACAAAUCUAAAUUCUCCAAAAUAACCUCUGAGAACGGCACGCUCAAGUUGGCAUCAAAGAGACACACCAGUAAUAUUACCGGUGCUCAAGAGAGGACAGGGGUCAACCCGCGACGCAACACAAUGUUCAUUCAGAGGACGCCUCCCAAGGCGGUAAAGGCCACAACGGAGGAAAGCGCAGCCACAGCGACGACUUCGUCGGCACGGGUGAUAAAACUCCCGGACACUGGCCUGCUCCUGCUCGCCGAGACCGAGGACGAACCCGAGAGUAAAGGGCCAAAGCGUUUGCCGGCGCGUGGAAGCUACACGGGGUCAACCAUGUCAAAUAGUGACUCGGAAGAGCACAUUGACGUCGUUGACUCCGUGGAAGCUACUAGCGAAGGCUCAAACGCGGAGGGCCAAUGCGAUUCGGGGACGCCCGAGGACGGGGAGCCGGAGCAGACAGCAGUCGUCGAGAGUCUGGCACGUGGCGAUUUCUCGUGCCUCGACUUGUCGCCACUAGACUUGUCUCGGUCUGACCAAUCGCCACGUGGUAGUAAAUCACCACGUGCCGAAAGUCCGUCCCAACCGGCCGGCAACCUCAUCACGCCGGCCAACUCGCCGCAACGCCGCCGCAAGUCGCCCUGCCGCCCUCAGCCCGGCCUCGAGAUGACCGGGGACGCCUGGAUGGCGAUUUUCGAGAAACUCGACAGAGUAGCUCGGGGAUCGCUAGAUAGUUGCGUCCUCGGUCCGCUCGAGGCGGCGCUACUGUCAACCCUGUUGACGCACUCUGGGGUGCGUCAACAGAAGAGACAGCGGGAAGAGGACAGCCCGCCGACACAGGAGGAGAAACGGGAAUGCAACCGUAUCACUCCUGUGUCGCGCGGUCCUACUCAACCCGCGGUCUGCCCACAGGUAUCCCAACAGCCGAUGGACACAGCGGAGCCAUCGACACCAGCCGCCGGAACAUCACACCAGCCACCAAAACGUAAAGUGCUGCUGCCAACGCCGGCAACUAGCACUGACACGUACGCCACCGCGGCUAAAUCGCCGCCGCCAAAGCCCAAAAAGGCUAAUACCGCCCCCUCUUCAUCCGCAGGUUCCACAGCCAGCAACAAGAAGAGGCCUGGCCAACCGGCCAAGUACAAGCCACCCCAGAUCCUGGUCGAGGACUUCCCGGACUGGCGCCGUCACGUACAGGCCAUCAACAAGCGGCUUGGGUUCUCGGCCACAACCGAGACCGCAGGCCCAAAAGGCCUCCGUUUCUACCCUAGGUCCGGGGUAGAAUACAUAGGGGUCAAGAAGUACCUCGUAGAGCAGCGGGACCUUCACCACAAGCUCGAGUUCGUCGAGCACGCGGAGAGGUCCGCCAUGCCAAUGAAGGCCGCAAUCCGCGGCCUUCCACCGACAACGACGGUGCAAGACGUCAAGGACGCUUGCGCCGAAAAGGGGUAUAACGUAUCGCGUUCUAAACUUAUAUCCCCAGGCAGAGGACGAGGAAGCAGCGUGUUCUUCGUCGAGCUCGUCGGGACGGAACGCGAGAAUCCAGGCUUCCUGGACCUCACGGACCUAGCCGGCAUCACCACCAAGGUUCGUGUCGAACCUUGGAGAGGUAAGCCCGGGCCACCGCAAUGUCACCGGUGCCAGGGGUUUAGGCAUUCUUCCCACGGGUGCCACAGGGCGGUCCGGUGCGUCAAGUGCUCACUGGACCACCACUCAAACGAGUGCACGAGACCGAAGGAGGAGCCAGCCACGUGCUGCAACUGCUUCGGGGACCACCCUGCCAACCACAGGCAGUGCCCAGCUUACCUCGCAGAGCUGAGGAAUUGGCGUGCGGGUACUCGCUCUCACACCCGCCGCCCGCCCACCCGCCGCCAGCCGCAACGAGGCCCAGACACGAGGGCCUCGGACACUCCAGUCAUGGUAGUAGAAUCUUCCACAGGUUCUCUGAUGGCGCCAGCCAACCAGCCGAAGGACCGGACGACGGGUCAGCAGCGACGACAGCAACAGCAGAGGAAGCCACAAACAGAGCCCAGAGCGACGCCACCCGCAGCGCCCCCCGCGCUCGACACCGAAGCGUUGCACAAGAGCAUAGUCGCCACGGUGCAAGCCGCGGUGACUGAGUCCUUGAAGGCAACGCUAGACGACCAAGACAUCGACGUCAUGCUGAUCAGCGAGACAAAGCUGAAACCAUCAAUGACGCUCACAGCCAGCGGCUACAUCGUGUACCGCUUAGACCAAAGGAGGCCCGACGACGGAGCCCCUUACCGAGGCCUCGCAAUCCUCAUAAAGAGGACUAUCAUCCACCAACCGGUGGACAUGCCGCAACCAUCAUCAUUCUCUGCUCUAGGGGUAGAUAUCAAACUACAAAGACAUGAUCUGCGUUUGUUUGCUAUCUACAGGCCCUGCGGAUACUGCCGGAUAGCAGAGAUGCAAGCCGACCUACAGCAGCUUCUGGUGGACUCCCCCGUGCCGACCAUCCUGGCCGGGGAUUUCAACGCCGAGCACCCCGCUUGGAACUCCUCCGCACACUCCCCCCCGGGGGACGUCAUCUACCGGAUCGUGGAGGACCUGGAUCUCGUAGCGGCCGGGCCGUACGAGCCCACCCACUACCACGACUCUGAUGUGUACCACAGAGGUACCACCAUCGACUUCGCGAUCUCACGCGGAAUCAAUGCCCUUAUGCGGCACGAGGUAUUUAACGAUCUCUCAUCCGACCACAGGCCGGUGCUCCUGACCAUCGCAGACCAGCCGACGACGAGACUCACCAAAGGACCUGGACGCCGCUACGACUGGACGGCUUUUUCAGAAGCCAUGGUAAACACUCCCCGUACAGGUCCCAUCUCGACCGCAGAAGAGGUCAACGCAGCAGCAGCAACAAUCACGGAGGACAUCAAGGCGGCCCUCACAGUGGCAGGCCGCACGAUCCCGCAGACGGACCGGCGCACCCCUCUCCCAAGGCCGCUCCAAGCGCUUUUGGAGAAAAAGCGCUGGUACAGGAAACAGUGGCAAAGGACUAGGGCUCAGUCGGUCAAGGCUGAGCUCAAUCGUCUAGAGCGACUGUUAAGGGACAAACUCAGCGAGCACAGAGCUGCAAGCUGGGAAGCACACAUUGACAGCAUAACUGAUCACGUUCCGUCCAUCCACAGGUUAUGCAGACAACUCAGCACGGCGCCCGAACCAAUUCGGCCCCUACUGGACGACACGGACGGGUACCUGAAGUACACUGCCAAGGACAGAGCGAAAAUACUCGCUCGCAGCCUUGAGCAACAAUUCAGGCCCAAUCCCGACACCGACCCGCAGCACACAGCGGACAUCGUUCAGCACGUUCGAGAUUAUCUCAGCGUGCCUGUACAAACACACGAUGAUCCACUGUACUUCUCUCCUUCACAGGUCCAGGCGUCCAUCAAACGCCACUGCAACCCGAGGAAGGCGCCGGGCCCCGACGAGAUCCCAAACAUGGCGCUCCGCCACCUGCCGCUAAACACCUUAGCGGCGGUGGCGCGCCUGUUCAACGGGAUCCUGCGGUCGGGGCACUUCCCCGACAUCUGGAAGACCGGGCGGGUCAUCGUCCUUCCCAAACCAGGGAAGGACAGAAAAGACCCGAAGAACUACCGGCCAAUCACGUUGCUAUGCAACCUCUCUAAGGUGUUUGAGAGGAUGCUGCUCCGGCACCUCUCACCACACAUCACUCCCAGGCCGGAGCAAUUUGGUUUCAGGUCUCAACACUCCACGACGCUGCAGCUCACCCGCGUCCUACACCACAUGGGCGCGGCGCUCAACAAGAAGGAGUUCACAGUCGCGGUUCUCCUAGACAUGGAGAAAGCUUUUGACCGAGUCUGGCACGAUGGUCUAAUAUACAAACUUUCUCUGUCCACAGCACCCCGCCGCAUCGUGAGAGUCAUCGCAUCCUUCCUGACAGACCGCCGCUUCCACGUACAAGUGGAAAGCGCGGUGUCGCAGGAACGCCGCAUCCAGGCUGGCGUCCCGCAGGGGAGCUGCCUGUCGCCCGCAUGCUAUGCGUGCUACACCGACGACAUUCCUGUCGUUGGGCAAGCGCAGCUAGCCCUCUUCGCAGACGACGCCGCCUACUUUGCGACAUCUUUUAAGAUGCCGCACGCUGUCGCCAAGAUACAGCCGACGCUUGAUGCCCUUCCUGACUGGCUCUCCAAAUGGAGGCUAUCAGUCAAUGUGGGCAAAACGCAAGCGCUCAUCACAGGGCGAGCCACCGCCCUGCCCAACCCUCCUUCCCUUUUAGGUCAGCCGCUCACAUGGUCGCCCGCAGUGAAAUACCUGGGGGUGACCAUAGACAGGAGGCUCAACAUGGACCGGCACGCCGCAGACACAGUUCGAAGAGCGAAAGUCGCUCGCAUGUGUCUGCGUCCGGUCUUCUGCAGUAAGCUCCCUGUACGGACCAAGCUUGGUCUGUACAAAGCUUACGUACGAUCAAGACUUACCUAUGCUUCACCUGCCUGGUACUCUUUCUGUUCCAGGUCAAACAAGGAGAAGAUGAGGCGCCAGGAGACCCUCACACUGAGGACCAUCCUCAAGUGCCCGCGGUACGUCAGCAACGCAGCCCUCACCGAGACACUGAAGUGGCGCGGCCUGGAGGAGUUCGUCGAGCGUCUCGCGCGGGUCAUGUUUGACCGCGCGGACAACGCCGGCCUGGACCAUCUUCGGGACAUCGCGCCGCAUCACACCACCAGACCUCCGGAGAGGUGGGCUCGGGACUUGCCCCGAGCCCUUCUACACCAGCAGUAGCUGACCAGCACUGCACACCACACCACAAUCGGAUACAACACGCCACACACGCCAGCUAAGCUGCCGGUCGCCUUCUCCGCGGCUCCAUAACCUGGCCCCGCUCAAACGGUAUCACCAGGUUAGGGGCCGUGGGGUUGGAUAAACGAUCGGUAGCGAAGAGCUGGCCCACACCAGCAACCCACACCGUCCCCAAAAUGACGGCCACUCGACCACCCCACCAGUCGGUGGGGAAGCGACCCGCGACAGCCGCCGCAGCCAUUGUGCGGUAGCGGCCCCUCAUACCCCCCUGACGGGGGGUAUCGACAGAUUACUCGACUCG